AUGGAGAAGUUAAUGAGACUCAUUCCAAUGGCUCCUCUGCUUCUCCUACUUUGUCUUCCUUUUGCAUUUGCUGGUCAUGACUAUAACCAAGCUCUGAGUAAGAGCAUUCUCUUCUUUGAAGCUCAAAGAUCUGGUUACCUUCCUCAUAGCCAGAGAGUCACAUGGAGAGCUAAUUCCGGUUUGAAUGACGGCAAGGCUAGUGGGGUGGAUCUGGUAGGAGGGUACUAUGAUGCAGGGGACAACGUGAAGUUUGGACUGCCCAUGGCAUUCACUAUAACAAUGAUGUCCUGGAGCAUAAUAGAGUACGGAAAGCAAAUGGCUGCAAGUGGAGAGCUCGGCCAUGCUUUGGAAGCCGUUAAGUGGGGAACCGACUAUCUCAUCAAAGCUCACCCCGAACCCUAUGUCCUUUACGGAGAGGUGGGAGAUGGGAACAGUGACCACUAUUGUUGGCAAAGACCAGAGGACAUGACCACCGACCGUCAUGCUUACAAGAUUGACCCAAGUAACCCCGGGUCGGAUCUCGCCGGUGAAACCGCAGCCGCCAUGGCUGCUGCCUCAAUCGUCUUCCGCCGUUCCAACCCCGCGUAUUCCAGCGAGCUUCUACGCCACGCCGACCAGCUAUUCGAAUUUGCUGAUAAAUACAGAGGCAAAUAUGACAGCAGCAUCACAGUUGCCCAGAAAUACUACCGAUCCGUCAGUGGCUACAACGACGAGUUGUUGUGGGCCGCUGCAUGGCUGUACCAAGCUAGUAACAAUCAGUACUACUUGAACUAUCUUGGAAAGAAUGGUGACUCUAUGGGUGGAACCGGCUGGGCCAUGACUGAGUUUGGUUGGGACGUUAAGUACGCUGGGGUUCAGACUCUUGUCGCCAAGUUCCUAAUGCAAGGCAAAGCUGGUCUCCAUGCACCAGUGUUUGAGAGGUACCAUCAGAAGGCAGAAUACUUCAUGUGUUCUUUGAUUGGGAAGGGUAGCCGUAAUAUUCAGAAGACUCCAGGUGGUUUGAUUUUCCGACAGAGAUGGAACAACAUGCAGUUCGUGACUAGCGCCUCGUUCGUGGCCACUGUGUACUCUGACUACCUCACUUCCUCUAGGGGUAGCUUGAAGUGUGCUGCUGGCAAUGUUGCACCAUCCGAGCUUCUUUCUUUUGCAAAAUCUCAGGUGGAUUACAUUCUUGGAGACAAUCCAAGAGCUACGAGUUACAUGGUUGGUUAUGGGAACAAUUACCCACGACAAGUUCACCACCGGGGUUCUUCAAUUGUUUCCAUCAAGGUUGAUCCUACAUUUGUUGCCUGCCGACAAGGUUAUGCCACUUGGUAUACCAGGAAAACCAGUGAUCCUAAUGUUCUCACUGGUGCUGUGGUUGGAGGACCUGAUGCCUAUGAUAACUUUGCUGAUGAAAGGGACAACUAUGAACAAACAGAGCCUGCUACCUAUAACAAUGCUCCUCUUCUUGGCAUAUUGGCUAGACUAGGUGGUGGUCAUGGCGGUUACAACCAGCUCCUUCCUGUGGUUGUCCCAGCUCCUAAUCCUGUUGUUGCCGAACCAAAUCCGGCGCCAAAACACAAAUUGACUCCAACUCCAGCCUCAUCUUCUAGUCCAAUUACCAUAAAGCAAAAAAUGACAACUUCCUGGAAUCACAAGGGAAAAACUUACUACAGAUAUUCCACAGUUGUGACCAACAAUUCUGACAAAACUGUAAAAGAUCUCGAGCUUUCGAUAUCAAAGCUUUAUGGUCCUUUAUGGGGUCUUACAAAGUCAGGCAAGUCUUAUGGUUUUCCAUCAUGGCUCAACUCUUUACCUGCUGGAAAGAGUCUUGAGUUUGUAUACAUCCAUUCUGCUUCUCCGGCUGAUGUCUCAGUUUCAACCUACAAUUUGGCUUAAAAAGGAAGAAUAUCGCAAAAAACAGAGUAAAGUCCUCAUAGUUUCUGGGGUUGUGUGGAAGAAUUGUGCAGCUAUACAGAAUGCAGUCCAGAAAAGUUUCUCUUUUUUUUUUAUUUGUUUGGGGAUUUUCAGCUAUACAGGGUUUUAGCUGAUAUUAGAUUAAUAACGUUGAAGAUGGGAGGAGAAAGGAGUGAAGAGACCAUUAAAAAGCAGUGCUCAUCCUCUUUCUCCCCCCGCUUCAUUAGUUUUAUCUAAUAGAUAGUUUUGAGAGACAUUGAAAAAGAGUGAGAAUUGAGAAGUAAACAAAUGGCUUCUCGAUAGAUUGCAAGGAGUCUGUUUUUCUUUGUACUUCAUAGCAGCUGAUGUCCUUUUAUAUUUUGGCGUUGUGAUGCUGCAAGCUUUGCAGCAAUUUUAUAUUUUCCAUAUAAAUACAGUUUGCACAACAAUGUUUUUGUC